AUACAUAGUGAUAUAGGUAGUUAGUGAUAAGUUGGUAGAACUUAAAUGUAGAACUAAUUAUUCACUAAAUUAUUAUUACAUUAAAUGUUAUUGGAUAAAUUACAUAUAUUAAUUUAUUUUCAAUUAAUAUUAUCCAACAGCAUAACUUAACAAAAUUAUGCUGAAAAUUGAAAGAUCAUAUACAGAUAAUAUUAUUAUGACUAAAAUAUAUCAUACUUUUUACUACAUUUCUCAAUUUAAAAGUUGUGUAAAUUUAUUACAUUCUUAUAGAAAUUAAAUAUAUAUAUUUUUAUUCAAUUUUUAUGUGAUAUUGAAAUCUAAAAAUUAUGACAAGUGCUCUCUAUAGUGUAGGCCAUUAUUCAUGGUUAAAACAUUGCCUUGGAAAAAAGAUACACAUUUUUGAAUUUCUUUUGACUUACAAUCGUGUUAUAAAUAAUUUUAACACAAUUAUUGAUAAAUUAUCAAUGAAAUAUCUCUAUAUUCUGUUUUACCGACCAGUUGCAAAUAGCAAAACAUAUCAUGGCUGAAUAUGGCGGUUUACUGAUGAACAAUAGCUCAAGUUGUGUUAAUACAUUGUAUGAUAUAAAAGAAAGACAGACGUAAUUAAUGGUAAAAUUUAAUAACAAAAUCGUGAAUAAACGCUGUAUAGUGCUCUUGCUUAUGGAUCCUACGUCUAGAAUACUAUAAAUACUGUGAUACAUAAGUUAAAUCUCAUGCCAAAAUUACAAAAAAAUAGAAGACUUGAAUCUAUGUGGGGUGUCAAAUAUUAUACAGCAGUGAAAAAUGCUGUUUUUAUACAGACACAACCUUAUGUGCCAAUAGUUCCACCCCCAUCUUUGAAAGAGCAAGUUCUAGAACAUGAGACUCUAUAUAUGUGUCCACAAUGCAAAGACUGCUUCUAUUUUCGAAGCAGUUUGGAUGACCAUAUUUCAAGAAAAAGUUGGAUAUUGGGAUAUUGGUGUCAGCAUUGUUUUGUAACUACCUGUAAACAUAAGUCUACAGAAGAUACCUUAUGUUCCACAUGUACACAAUUGGAUCAUGAAAAACGCUUAUAUUUACGAAGUAGAGGUUUACGUAGUAAUAAAAAACUUGGGGCAAUAAGAAUUUUUUAUAAUCAGUGUCAAUUUUUUUCACAUUUGAAAGCCCAUAAUGUAAAUUUGGUAAACAUGGGUGAUUUAAUGUUAAUGCCUUUACCAACAAAUACAUUUGAUUGGAGUCCUGAGAUAGAUAUAAUUUGUGAAGCACUAAUGGAGCAUACGUUUAUAAUAAAAAUUCAUAUAAUGGAUUGGUUGAAAGAUAAAGCUAUUAGUAAUAAUUGGUGGCAAUUGACAAAAGAUACUAAUAAUCCAGUUGCUCUCAUUCUCAAAGGUUAUAAAGGUAGACUUCAUUUUAAACCAUUAGAAAUACCAAUAGAUGAGGAAAUUUCUAUUUUGAAUCAUGCUCAUCCUUUGUCUAAUAGUGACAAGAUCUAUUCUGACACUGUAAUUCUUGAUUCUGUAGAAAAUAUGGAUAAAAAAGCAAGUUCAUCUUCUACAGAUGUAAUUUCCAUCUCUGAUGAAAGAGUAAUUGAAAAUGAAGAUAAUCCUUGUAAAGUAAAUGAUAUUACUUUUGUGGAUUGUGGAUUAUCAAAAUUCUUUGAACCUGAAUUUCCAUUAAACAAUAAAGAAGGAAAAGGAAAUAUAAAAUCAGAACAAGAUGCAUCCACUACUCAAGAACAUUCAAAAGUGAUUAAUAAGUCUAAACAAAAUAAAAUAAGACAUUUAAACUCCGUUUUACCCAAUAUGAUUAUGUCAUAUGGCAAUACAGUGAUAACACCUAAACAUGAUAUCAAAGACUUAUCUAAACAUUCUACCAAUAAAAGAUUAUGGAAGAGCUUAAUAUAUAAAUCUAAUAAAUCUAAUAAUAAUGUAUCAAUCAAGACAGUUACAGAAAGCAAUAAACAAGUAGAGUUUGAUAAAAAAGAAAAUAAAACUCUCUUCAAUAAUUUAAUAAAAGCAGAAUCAUUGUCUAAGAAUAUACAUACAUUAACUGUUACUUCUGGUCAGAAAGUCGUUACAUUUCAAAGCACGAAACGUAUUGAUAUUAAUGCAAUUAUUAAUCAACUACCAUCUCACAUGAUUAACAACAAAAAGAUUGUUUUUGUGGGACAAACUUCUGAUGAUACAUCUGUCCGUAAAAACAAAGAGUCAUCUUCAGAAGGAGUAAUUCAUUUAGUACCUGUUGAUAAUGCAAAAUUAUCAGGAACGAAAAUAAGUGAAGAAAGCGAAGAACUUUUGCAAAUUGAUAAAGAAUAUGAUGAAAAUAUUUCGAAAAAUCAAACCGAGCCCAUUAAAACUUUUUCAAGUAAAGUUAUAUAUCAAAAUGGGCAGAAAUAUAUUGUUAAACAGUCUUCAGAUCUUAAUAAAAAUUUAAAAAGCACACUUAAUGCUGUGGUACCAGUAAAAGAUGUUCAAGAAUCAAAAUCUACUAAUGUUCCACCAUUAGUAUUCUACAAUAUACCACGAUUGAUACCUUUAGAUUCCACUGAAAUAGAAAAUGCAUCGAAUCAAGAAAAAAUAAAUUCAUUUCAUAAUGAUGUUUCUCCUUUAACGCCUUCGCCAUCCCCGUCAGAAUUAUCAAAUAGCUCCAGCUGCGAUAUUCAAUCUAAACCUUCUUUGUCAGUGAAAAGUUCUCAGAAAGUUGAUGUACCUCAUACUGAAUGUAAAGAUAUUGGUAUACAAAAUACAAAGAAAACGUUUGAAAGUUUAUCAUUUCACAAAGGAGAAGACCAAAAUUUGUAUCUGGAUAAACGACACGACCAUUUACAGGAAAUUGCUGAAGAAAUAUCAAGAGUGAUGAGUUUCGUAACUGAUAAUGUAAUCAAAGAAAACUUAAAAGCGGUUCAUAUUUUACAAACUGUGCUGAAACAUUGUAUUGACAAAUGUAUUGAAAAAUCUGAUGACACUGAGGAGAAAGAUGUAUCGUUAAAUGAAUGGGAGGUAGAAUAUGAGCAAGUGGAUAAAAGACCUAUUUGUAAGGCAUGUAACAAAAUUAUGAAACCUAAGCAUUAUAUUCCAGGAUUUUCGAAACUUGCUAGAAAUGAUAUUUAUUGUUCUUGUUAUAGACACGUGUGUCACAAAUGUAACACGUACCAAGGUAAUUCAACGCGUUUCGUAGCUCAUCAAACAUUUCACGAUAAAAAGAAACCAUAUUUAUGUCCUGAUUGUUAUCGUAAAUUUUCAACGUACAAAUCGUUAGAGGUCCAUACAUGGACCGCCUGUUUUCAUACGCUAAAAAGGCGCGUUCUCGGUUGCAAAAUUUGCGAAAUAGAUGGUUUUCAAGAUAUGGAAUCUAUCGCUAGACAUUUUGCUAUUAUGCACAGUCAUAAUAAGAUAGUUUGCGAUAAAUGUUAUCUUCUUUUACCAUCAUAUUCUGAGUAUAGAAAACAUCAUAAAAAUAAACAUUCGGAUGCGAGUAGUCAUCAUCCUAUACGGCUUGUAUUGUGCAAACUUGGACGAUGUAUUGUACGUUACGAAGACUAUAUGUUACAUAUGGAGAAACAUAUAGUCGUUCAAAGAUUAAUAUGGUUUAAAUGUCCUUUUUGUACGUUUAUUCAUGUAGAGGCGAAACGAAUUAUGUCUCAUUUGCAAAGUGGACACGAAUCACGUCUGAAGGAACUUAUAAGUUCUGAGGCAUUGUGGAAUGUUUUCCAAGUGGAAACUGCAGCAAAUUUAUUGAAAAAUAAUUUACAGCGAAAUAAAUUCACAAAUGCACACGCAGGGUCUUGCAAAGAUGGAACUGUUAUGCCUAAAAUUAUAAACGCUAGAACUAUUACGUCUGAGAUAUUUGAACGUGGAGCUCAGGGAGCAGAUGAUCACUUAAUAAAUUAUGAUACUCCGCAUUGUUCUAAAAUUGUUAAUGUUAAUUCAGAGUCGAGUGUACCAAAGAUACUUGACGUUAGAUCGAUAGCUGAAUACAAGAAAACUGAAACAACUUCGAAAUUUGUAAGUACGGGAAGCAAAGGAAUUAAAGGAAAUAAAACUUGCAAUGAUCAACAGAUCAAAACUGAAUUUGAAGAUAUCAUGGAUUGUACAUGGACUACCGAAGCGAUCAAACCAAUUUCAGAUCCAUUGAAUAUUGAAUCGCUGCAACAAGAUCAUUUUCUGAGAAUGAAGAACGGACAAGAUGUACAUGACACUUUGCAGAAUAAAAUAUGCGAAAAGAAGGAAGUUCAAUUAGUUGAACAAACAAAUCAAGCAAAUACUCGAGAGCAGCUGGAAGAUAUAAAACAUGAAUCAAUUUCGAAACCUCCACCGCUUGCUAGAAUUCCUCAGCAUGUAUUAGAAGCGAAUCGACCUAAGAAAAUUGGACAGACAACGAAAAAGAAAAAGACGUUAAUAUUUUCACACGAUCAAAAUAUUAAUCUUGAUUUUCAACGAGUUGCUCUAGUCUCUUCGGACAAUUCAAAUGAGAUCCUUAACUUUACGUGCCCUUUGUGUCGAGAAUUAAUAAAUACAUCCAAAUCAGUCAUAAAUAGUCACUUUCAAAGUAAACACUCGCAAGAUUGCAAGCCAUCAACUAUUACUGUAAGCUUGUUACGGGUAUCACCAGAAUUUAUAAACGGUGGUUAUAAGGAAUUAUUAGACAAGAAGAAACGCAAGUCUGAAAGUACCAUGUCGAGUUCAAAAAAAAGACGCCGAUGGAAUCCCAAAAAAUAUAAUAACGAUGGAAAAAACGGAAAUUUUACAGGAGUUGGAUUAUGCGUAACACAAGAAACAGCUGAAGACAGCGAGGGUAAUUUUAGGUGUAAAAAGUGUGAUCAACGAUGCUCGAAUAUGUCAACUCUGAGAGACCAUAUCGCAUCUAAUCAUAGAAUCAAAGGUCGAUACUUAGUGUGCCUCGAAUGUGGAGACAACUUUGUGGUAGCACCUAGUUUACAAAUGCAUCUGAAAGCAUUUCAUGGGAUAGAGAAUCCCAUUACUUACAUGAUGCAAAAUACAUCUUAUGCCCCUGAUAACGUUGAUAAUCUUGAAGUCGAGGGAAAAUCAAUCGAAGCAAAUCAGUGUCACGUUUGUAUGGCUGUUUUUGAAGAUAAGGCAGCAGUAGAUAAACAUCUUCGAGUCCAUGGAAUGGCGUUCCUAAAUCGUAAAAGGAUAGAGGCGCAAAACGCUCUGAAAAGUCCAGAGAAAAAAAGUGAAAUGCAGGAAGAAAAAUCGACAUCGGUUAAAGCAUGUCCAAAAGAAAAUAUUCGAAAGGAUAAACCUGCAGAAACUAUAUUGGAAAAAAUCAGUGCAACUAUAUGUAGUUAAUGGAGGCGUAAUUUUUGAAGAUAAGGUCAAUCGGAAGAUAGUAUAUAUUUAGACAAGGUUUAAACACGAUUGCAAAUCUGUGAUUUUAACGUUUUAUUUAAGUGAUGAAAAAAUGUUUCCUCUUUUUACAGAAAAAAAUUGGCAAAAGUCAUUAGUUAUUUUAUAGUAUUGAAAAAAAAACGUGAUCCAAUACUUUAUCUCGAAUGAACUUUAAUUAAUAUUAAGCUCAACAUAUUUAACACAUUGCAAUUCAUUAUAAAUUUGUCAUGUUUUGUUUGUAACAUUUGUUAGUAACUUAUGGAAUAAGUGUUUUUAAAUUUUUAAAUCUUUUAUUAUAAAUUACAUAGUUCUGUUAGAUCAUAAUAGAAGUAUGCUGUGUAUAUACCGAGUGUUCGCGUUUAGGUUCAUACGUAUACUUCAGCUAUAUUCAUAUAUACUAUUCAUCAUAAAUAUCUGAAUUAUUUCUCUGAUUUCUGACCUUACAGAAUUUUAAAGAACAUGUUUUACCAUAUGUUUGAAUUUGUUUUGACAGCCGCUUUCAUAUGACAAACAAAAGUAGCAUUCUACAUGAAAAAUUAAAAUUUCGUGAAAAAUAUUGCAAACAUAAAAAAUUGUUAUAUAUGCCUAGU